AAAUCGAACUCGCCUCGAACUGUUCCCUCGAUGACGGCGAUCCAUUUUUUUUUUUUUUUUUGGGGGGGGGGGCUGAGUUGAGGAUGAGCGGUCGGGAAAACGCAAAGCUCGGAUUUCCCACGAGGCCACGAAAGGGAACUCCUAGCGGGAACGUCGCGUUCGUGACGCAACAGUCGCUUGGAUGAGGUGACCGGCGACCAGUUCAGGGCGUAGUUUGCCUUUCGCCCUCAGUUAGCUGCGCCGGCGACCCUUGUUAGGAUAAGCGGCUCAGGCUCAGUUGAGGACAAAGUGGCCCGCUCGGCCCGUUUAAAACUGCCUUUCAGUCAAAGGUCAGGGCAAAAUAAGCGAACGGGCCAGCAAACAGCCGCCGACCCGUCCAAACUCGGGUCGUCAGCAUUUUGGGUUCGUUCUGCCGUCGGGUCCUCGGCGGCGUCUGUCCCUGAGAAGAAGAAGAAGAACCGAGCAGCUCGAAUGUGCAAAGGUCGUCCGUCUGUCGCGAUCCGGGGAGCGAAGGCGUCUUUCUGACGGUCCCGACGUGACGUCUCGAUGUUGCCGGGAGGCCCCGCCCCCCCUCCACGCUUAAGCCGGCGGCGAGCGUGACCCUCCCCCGGAGAGGAUUUGCGUCGGCCGCCCGCUUGACUUUCACCGGACCGCGUCGACCUCGCUUUCGAGGCUUUUUGGGUUCCGGCCUCCGUCGCCGGCCCCCGACGCUCCCGCGUGACUCGCGGGUGACUCCGCCCACGGGGAAUCGACUUGGCGCAGAAGCUGUUCUCCACAAACCAGAUGAGCGGCGACGAGUCGCCAGCCUUCGCUUCCGCCGUCUUCGGCUCGGCCUACGCCAACGGCCAUGACGCUUCCCGAGCUAACGCCCAAGACCUUGUCGGAAGCGAUCAAGUGUAUUUCCUGCCCUCGUCUUCCAAAGACGACAAGAAAAGGCAAAGGCAGAGGAAAGGCCGGAGCAUCAGCGCCAGCAGCAUCAACGGCCGGACGGCCACGUCGCAGUACCGAGUGGAGCACCUCAGCACCUUGGUGUUGGAGCGGAAGGCCGGUCUGCUGACGGUGGAGGACGGCGUGCGACGUCUGCGUCUGCUGGACGCCAAAGGGAAGAUCUGGACGCAGGACAUGCUGCUGCGGGUCCGCCGCCACGACAUCAGCCUCAUGGACGCCGACACCGAGUGCGAGCUGGAGGUGUUCCCGCUGGCUUCGGUGCAACGGUGCCAGGCGGUGACCGACGCGUGCAACUUUGACUCCAUCCUGGCGCUGGUCUGCAAGGACCCGGGUCAGAACAAGCCAGACCUUCACCUGUUUCAGUGCGACCGCAUCAAGGCCCGCCUGAUCCACGCCGACAUCCAGAGCGCGCUGAUGGACGCCAAAGGGGGAAAACCCAAGAAACGACCGGACGUCCUCAAGAUGAUCCUGAAGAGCGACUGCGAAAUCCCGCCUCCUCCCGCCGCCCCCGCCCCGGAACCGCCGUCCAGUCCGGAGGACGCCGAGAGCCGCCGGGCCCGGAACGGUGAGCGGUGUGUCGCCGCGAGUCCUCGCCGAACGGGAAGCCACCUCACGGCCGCGUCUUCGCACGCAGGUGAUGAACGGCGGCCGUCGGAGGAGGACCGCGCGCCGGCCCUCGUGGACCGUGACGUGCAAAUCCUGAACCGGAUCCUGGACGACAUUGAGGCGUUCGUCGGGCGACUGCAGAAAGCGGCCGAGGCCUUCGACCAACUCGCCAAACGCAAGAAGAACAAGAAGAAAAGUCCCGGAGAGGGCGUCCUGACCCUGCGCUCAAGACCGCCCACUGAGGCUCAGUUCGUGGACUGUCUGCAGAAGUUCAAGUUCGCCUUCAACCAGCUGGGAAAACUCAACGGUCACAUCCAGAACCCGAGCGCGGACGAGCUUCUCCACUUCCUGUUCACCCCCCUCCGACUGGUGGUGCAGGCUUCGGGCGGCGCCGAUCUCGCCCGAAGCGUGGUGGUCCCGCUGCUCACGCGGCUGGCCAUCGAGUUCCUGCACGCCGCCGGCACGGCCGAGGAGCGCCGCCUGUGGGUGACGCUGGGCGACGGCUGGACCAAGUGCAGGUUGGAGUGGCCCAAGGACCACGACUUCCCGCCGUGCCAGCUGUCGUUCGCAGACAGUUGGGAGCCCGUGGCGCUGCCGUCUCGAGAUCGUCGGGCGGGAAGUCCGGCCGGCGGUGAGCAUUACGCGGGACGGGAAGUGGUCGCGCCGCAGACGGAUGAGUCGUCCCCACGGGCGGUUCAGCAGAUUCCGGAGCGGGACGUCGCGCCCGAGCACGCCGCCGGACACCCAGCGAAGCAAAGCAAGCCGCUGGCCAAAUCCAAGUACGACUUCGUGGCGAGGAACACCAGCGAGCUGUCGGUGCUCAAGGACGAGCUGGUGGAGGUUGUGGACGACAGGAAGCAGUGGUGGAAGGUGCGAAACGCCGACGGCUCGCUGGGUUACGUGCCCAACAACAUCCUGGAGGCCGCCGGCCAGGCCGGCGUCUACAGCCACACCGUGCAGCUGAUGAUGCCGCGGAAGGAGUUUGAGAUGUUCAAGCAACUACUUGGCGAGCUCAACGAGAAGCAGAUCACCGGAAGGACCGAGCUCUUUCCCGGCAAGGCCACGCCGCCGCCGGCCCCCGCCGGGCUCCCCGCGCCGCCCGCCGCAGAGACCGCCGAGCCGCCCGCCGUCGCCGAGUGCUCCGUGGACCGGCGGGAUGCUUCGGCGUCCGGUGAGGCCGCAAGGACCCUCGCCGAACGCAGGAAGUCCAACAUGGAAGAAGUCCGGGACGAGCUCCUGCACAGGCUCACGUCGGGCCGCGGCGCCGGGAAGAAACAUCCCGUCCCGUCGCGGCGGGUCGCAAACGUUCCGGCAGUCAACAUCACGUACGAGUCGUCGCCGGCCAACGUGCGCGUCUGGCUGGAGGCCAAAGGAUUCGCUCCCGUCACCGUCCGGAGUCUGGGGGUCCUGACGGGGGCGCAGCUCUUCUCGCUCAACAAGGACGAGUUGAAGACCGUGUGCCCCGACGACGGCGCUCGCGUCUUCAGCCAGGUGGCCGUGCAGAAAGCCGCCCUCGAGUCUGGCUCUGAGCUCCGGGAGGUCAUGAGGAGACGUCAGGAGAUCCUGGCGUUCGGCGUCCGCGACUCGGGGGUGGAGUCUUAUGACGAAGGCCCCGUCCGCCGAAGUUUCACACCACUUCCUCCCUCGCCGGCUUUCUGCUCAGGCGACGGGAAUUAGAAGCCGAAGACGGAGUGUACCCGACACGCCGUGCCGCCAUACAUGCUAGCCAAGAAACCGUUUCAGUAACGGCGGUGUUUGUGUAGCGAAGUAGCCGCCAAUAGUCGCAGCUGGAGUCUGAAAGAAAUGAUUCUUUUGUUCUCAUGAAGAAAAGCUCAAAGACUGAAGCUAACAUCUGUGUCCUUUACGUGUCAAAAUCAGGUGGGAAAAGCCAAAGAAAAGAUGACCUGAUGAUCAAACACAAAGACUAGAUUAGAUGAGGCGUGUCCACUGUGGACAAUCAGAAGUCGUAGAAGCCGCUAAGAGUGUGUCAGGCUUGCACGGUGCCUUCUUCCUAGAAUUGUGCCCGAGAACAUGAAUGCAACGAUAUGAUCAUCGAUACCAAGGUUAUCUCCGAUCAUCCUGUCCAUUGUGCAAUUAAAGAGUCAAGGAUUCCA